AAAUGCACGUCAAACUGUCUGCUAGACAGUGCGUUCCGUGAGGUUGAAAGUUUAGUUACAUCCUGCUGCUACAAGGUAUAUCGCAAUGGCUGAUCAGCUAACAGAAGAGCAGAUUGCCGAGUUCAAAGAGGCUUUCUCGCUCUUUGACAAGGAUGGUGACGGCACCAUCACCACCAAAGAGCUGGGCACUGUGAUGCGCUCUCUGGGCCAGAACCCCACAGAGGCUGAGCUGCAGGACAUGAUCAACGAGGUGGAUGCUGAUGGUAAUGGAACGAUAGACUUCCCGGAGUUCCUGACAAUGAUGGCGAGGAAGAUGAAGGACACAGACAGUGAGGAGGAGAUCAGAGAAGCAUUCCGUGUCUUUGACAAGGAUGGGAACGGUUACAUCAGUGCUGCUGAGCUGCGCCAUGUGAUGACAAACCUUGGGGAGAAGCUGACUGAUGAGGAAGUUGACGAGAUGAUCAGAGAAGCAGACAUUGAUGGAGAUGGCCAGGUCAACUAUGAAGAGUUCGUACAAAUGAUGACGGCGAAGUGAAGGCCUUGUACAGAUGUUUCUUAUAUAAAUAACUUGCCUUUUUUUUCUGUGGAAUUAAUCUGUAAAAUCUUAAUAUCCCCCUCCCUGCUGUCCAAAGGAACUGCAUGUAAACUGCAUAGGCUGAGUCCCCAUGUCCCUUUUUUUUGCUACCAUCAUGUUUUGGAGUUGUACUAACGGGUGCCCGUCGCAGCCCCAGGGGUUGGAGAGCGCUUAGAAUCUUCACGUCAUGUCGGCUCCGUCCCGGACAAGUGACGACGUUGGCGACCUGUCAGCUGGUUGUCACUUGGCAACUAUGUUGGCAUGGAAAUGGUGUAGAGGAGUAACUCUGCAUGGACUACGGACAAAGUAUAUAUGGAAGUCUCUCAGCAUUGCACUACUGCAAAGAAAAUGUUUUCAAAACUAUUGUAUCUUCUAGGUACACGUAAACUCUUUUUGUAUCUGCUGUUCUUUACCAGAAAACAACUUUGUUUUAAUCUUACUAUGCUUUUUAAUGUUUUACUCCUUUUUUAUGGCCUUUGGCCAUGCUUCAAAUAAUCCAUUCCAAGUUGUAUAUUUUUGUUUUCCAAUAAAAUUUACAAUUUACCCAGGUUUUAAAAUGGUCUUUUCUCAGCCGUAAUGGAUUGUGGCGUUUGUAAUAGUAAACUUUUUGUAUCAAGGAAAGAUGCUUGUUUUGAUAUAAUAAUAGAAAAAUGCUAUUUUUGCAUAUUAAUUGACAUGAAAGAUGUUUAGCAUUUACUCAAGUGACAUGUAAAUUUCACGAGCACUGAAUAUGUGCAUCAGCCAAUGCCUCUUAACAUUCAGCUAAGCUCUGAUCAAAUUUGUAGUCCUUUAAAAAUAAAAGGACUUAAUGAGAUCAAAGGAUUUCGUUUUUAAUGGUACUCUCCAUUAGAUUAUCAAUUUACUGUCUGGAUCUUUUGCUAAACGGUUGCAUUGUCUGAUUAUAUUGGCUCGGUACCAGGCAGAAGCUGACUGCCUCGUGUCUUAAUUGGCACAAGUCUUCAUCACGAGUUGCCUGAAUUGCAGGUAAUGUCAGAACACCAAGGAUGUAAAUAGAACCGUGCCCAUUUGUUAGGUAAAUGUUGAAUUUGUUAAUUUGCAGAGAUGCUAAGUUUGAAGAUGAAAUAAAGCUCUUUAUUGUGGAACUCA